AGUUCCGAUUAUCUUUUUUCGGAGAAACUUCACAUUUUCCGUAGAAAAUGAUCAAGAACACUAAACCGAAUAGUAUCUACCUUAAAUUCAAGCAGAUAAGUUGCAAUCAGUAAAAAUGAAGUUGUUAAUUGCAUUCAUACUAUUUAUGGUUACAGCAAAUCUAGCGCCAAGCCAUUCAGCAUCACUUCCAGAUGGCAAAAUAACAGAUUGUGGAGAAAAUGAAAUUUAUAAAACCUGUGGUGUUCUUGGGUGUCAACUCAACUGCGACAUGAUAAUGAAUGUGUCAAAAUGUAUCAACUUCAGCCUUAGAUGCGGUACUGGAUGCUACUGUCAGGAUGGUUUCGCACGAACUGACAACGGGAGAUGUGUUUCUAUUGCUGAGUGUCCUAAAUAUGUGAUUUAAUGGGGGAAGAUUGAUUGUCUUGAUUUGGUAGCUUAUAGAAAGUUAAAAUAAAAGUAAGUGAUUCGCAGGA